GAGACUUUCAGAGAAUGCUUACUUAGAGAAUAUCAUCCGGGAGUUGAAGGUCGACUUGGGGAGGCAUGAACGAGACCACAAUAUUGCACAGAAAUAGAUAAUCGACCUCCAAAAGCAGGUGACAGUUCUUCUUAAGGAAUGCCGGGAUAUUCAACUUCGUUGUGGGGUAGCCAGUCAGGAUCCUACUGAUUCUCCUACUUCCAGCGUGGUUGAUAUGGAAGAUGGGACUGAAGUUGAAAAGUUGACUUUUAAGGAUGUCAAUGGAUUAGUUGGGCGAAAUGUCCAGCUACGUAGACUCAUGCAUAGUCUUUCUAUAAAGCAUGAUCAAAUAGAUGCUGAGUUAAAGGAGAAGUUUGAAAUGGAACUACAGAAGCAUAUUGAUGAGGAAUCAUCCAAAGUUGCAUCUGUAUUAGAAAGGUCUGAAGAGCAAGGACGAAUGAUAGAAUCACUUCACGACUCUGUCGCAUUGUGUAAGAGAUUAUAUGAAGAAGAGCUUAAAUCUCGUGCUUCUUAUUCUCGUCUUCCAGAAACUUUUCCAGAAGAUGGCAGGAAAGACCUUAUCCUUCUAUCUGAAGGUUCACAGGAAGCUACCAAAAAGGCCCUUGAGCAGGCUUCUGAACAGGUCAGAAAUCUGGAAGAUGAUUUGGCUAAAUCCAGGUAGAGGAUGUUACUUCUUGGUAUUAACCAUGAUGAUAGGAUGGAGUGUCUGUUUAAAGUUUUGCUG